AUGAAGUAUUGUGUACUGCUUGAUAUCAAGGAGAAAACUUUGAAGAAGCUAUCUAAGCAGCAGGUUGCUCCUUUAUGCGAUCUUGAACAAGCUUUAAGGCUCAGGCUCGUUGUCCACUCUGAGAGGUUUGCGUUUGUGGACUGUGGUACUCCUUGGCGUGAAUCUAUGAGCCGUGAAGAGUUUCAGAUUAUUCAGGUUCAUGAAAUAUAUCAAGAUGAUAUCAUAUUGCAUCACUUGGCUAGGAAGUUUAGAGAGGAAAGCAACUCCAUCAUCCUAUCUACAAAAGGAAAGCUAAACAAGUUGAAGACUUUAGCAAUUGUGAGCAAAUGA